AUGGCCCCAGCCCUAAUCGAUACUCCGCAAUCAGCGGUAUUCCCUAGCAAAGAACUUGCUGCUAAUGAUCAAUAUGGGCGCUAUCACCCUUCAGACUUCAGGGACCUAAACUUGGAGUCUGGCUUUGGGCCCAUGGCCCCUGAGCAAAUGGGUUACCUGCAACCUACCUCGCUGGAUACCCCCGUCGAGGUUAUGCGGGAACGAUUCGAACGAGAUGGUUACCUCUUGGUAAAAAAUGUACUCCCAAGAGAUGCCGUCCUCGAGUGCAGGAAAAACUACUUUGAGUUUGUUGCACCCUGUGGAAUAUUGAAGGAGGGGUCAGAUCCUAUCGAUGGGGUGUAUUGUGGCGCUGAUGGCCGGAAGUAUCUACCUCCAGGCAACAUCCGCCGCCUCUUUGGUCUGAAAGGAGACAAGGAGUCUGAUCAUUACGUGGAUCUAAUGAUCAAGGCCCACAGCGCACCAUUCUAUCUUAACUUCGUGCAGAAUCCUGAACUUCGAGCCUUCAUUCGGAAGUUCACUGGCUGGAAGAGUGAAACGAUGCUCACAAGAACCCUGUUGCGGCCCUACACUCCUAAUAGUGAGAUGACUGCGGUCCAUUACGACCAGAUGUACGUCCGAGCUGGGCCUCCGUCCAGCAUUACUGCUUGGGUUCCUCUUGGAGGUGUCUCGUUGGAGGGUGGAGGUCUUAUGUAUCUGGAGAGAUCGCAUGAUAUUGGCAAGAAGACCGAGGAAGAAUUUGCACGCAACUCCUGGAACCUGACCGAGGAGGAGCGUAUUUCUGCAUUCAAUAAGAACAUGAACGAUGGAGGAUUUCUUAGCAGAGACUCCAAGGUCUAUGGUCAAGAGGCUAAUCGCAAGUGGCUAAUUGCCCAGUACGAACCGGGUGACGUUGUUCUUCACAACCCAUGGAUUGUUCAUGCUAGUUGCAAGAAUUGUGACCCUGGCAAUAUAAUCAGGCUUGCGACAGACCUUCGCUUCGUCGAAUCCGGCACACCUCAUGACCAGCGUUGGAUGAAGAUAUUUGCUCCCGGGGACGGUGUUUGA